ACAUUUUUUGCAGAAGCGUAGCCUCAAAUAAAACUUCUCCUUAAAUGAAAUUGGAUUGUUUUGAACUGUUGCUGCUGUUGUUUGUUAGUCUCUCUUCUAUUAGAAUGAUGAAUCCCCAAUAUGGCCCUCCACCAUCAUCUCAGUAUUCAACUUCUGGAUUGCCAUCGCAUAACUCUGCUUAUAGUCCUUUACAGUCUCAAAAUGUAUAUAAUGGACUAGAUUCAAAUUCUAAUCCAGGGUUUAUUCAAUCUAAUUAUAAACAAACUGAAGCAUAUGGAUCCAUUCCUUUUUAUAAUCAAAAUGGUCCUGCAGUUUCUAAUCAAUCAGUACCAACAUCUGGCAUGUUAACAUCUCAGUCUCAAUUUCAGCAGAAAUAUCCAUCUAGAGUUGGAACAAGCAACACUGAUCAAUUGUGUCAGCAAGUCAAUAAUAUGACAUUAUCACAAGUACCUGCACAUUCACAAAGUUUUGGUAAUCCUUCAGUUCCCCCUGUGAGAAGUAACUUUGGUCCAUUGCCAAAUUUAAAUUCUACAAGCAGUGCCUAUCAGCCAAUGCCUGCAUCAGCUUUUCCUUCAGUUCCCACGUAUACUCAAUCAAACAGAGAUUUUAUUUCUCCUCCACCACCACCUCUUCCUCCUCAAUCACAGCAUUCAACUUUCAAUCAAGGAACUAAUGUGCUUCAGAAUCAAGCUCCAUUACCCCCUACAACACAGUUCUCAAGUCCAUCAUAUGGCCUUCCAUUAAAUUCAUCAGUUAAUAAUUCACCAUCAGUAUCAUCAGGUAUUGGUACAAAUGCAGCUGCUUUUAGUCAAAAACCACCACCUGUACCUUACAGUAAUUCUACUAAUAAGAUGCAAUCAAAUCCUGGAUCUUUGCCACCACUACCACCACCACCAAGUUCAUUAGGGCCAUCAAUGAAUAAUAUGCAGCAGUAUCCUAUGACUGCACCUCAGCCAAUGGGACAAUAUCCACCAAUGUCCAAAAUGUCAUCUCUGCAGGAACAUUAUCCUCCUGUAUCAUCUCAAAUUCAUCAGCCAUUAAUUUCACCAACUGGAUCAACUCCUCCAAAUUAUCAAUCUCAGUAUAAUCAGUCUGGAAUUGGAUCCCCUCCAUUACCUGGAAUGCCAUCUGCUAAUAGAAUGAGUGGUCCUGUACCUCAGUCUCCACCACCACCACAGCUUCAAAGAAGACUUGAUCCUGAUCAGAUGCCUAGUCCUAUUCAAGUAAUUGAAGAUGAUAAAAAGAAUAGAUCAGGUGAAUUUUGUACCAGCACAAGAGGUCAGGUUCCUCCUUUAGUGACUACUGAUUUUACAGUUCAAGAUGGAGGUAUAUGCAGUCCUCGAUUUAUGAGAUCUACGAUUUAUAAUGUUCCCUGUACAUCAGAUAUGUUGAAACAGACAUCAGUUCCAUUUGCUAUAACAAUAAGUCCAUUUGCACAGUUAAAUGAAGCUGAGGUACCACCACCUAUAUCUAAUCCUGGUGAUCUGGGUCCUGUUCGUUGUAAUAGGUGUAAAGCAUAUAUGUGUCCAUUUAUGCAAUUCAUUGAUGGUGGAAGAAGAUUUCAAUGUGUGUUUUGUAAAAGUGCAACUGAAGGUAAUAUUAAUAUUUUCUAUUGUAGUGAAUCCUGAUUUAUGAGUAUUUCAUAUACAGGAA